UAUUUUUACCUCACUGUGCCUCGGCCCCUUCAGCUUGCUCUGCUGAACUAAAAGCAGCUCCAUAACUUCAUGCUGGAUGAGAGCAGGACAGAGUGCGUGGGACAUGAGGACGCUGUUGCUUUAAUAGUGCUUUUCCUCCUCCCUGUGUUUGGGUUUGGAUGUCUGUGGAAUAUUGCAGAGACAAAACCGAGACACAGAAAGGGCAGAGUUGUGGAUUACGGCCUGGUUGCUGUUCCUGUGGAGUGGGAAAGAGGAAAAUGUCCAGCGAAGGUGACCCAGGAGGACAAGUGUCCACCACAACGCUGAGUACAGUGGCAGUCCAGGCAGGAGACACACAGAUUGUUGUAGCUGUUUUAAAGUGUGGAGAGCUGGUGCAGCUGCAGCUGACUGAAGCCCAUCCGGACCUCCUGGAGAUUGGAAACAAUCAGGACGAAUCCAAGAAACUUCUAGAAGAGCACGAUCAGCUGCUCGUCAAACUGAAGAGAAAUGAAGGAGGCGUGCGGGCGCUGCUGGAGGAGGCGGAUAAGACAGCGGCAGAGAAGGAAGGUGAGGAGGAUGUGUACGAGGCCAUGGCUAUGUCUCUCAGCGAGGCCUGGAAAAUGUUAGAGAGCAACUUGGAGAAACGGCGCUCACUCCUGCAGCUGGCCUGCCACUUCUACGACCACGCUCUGGAGUUUGCCAUUAAGAUUGAUGAAGCGGAGGAGAUGCAGCGUGCUGGACGCAAACUGAACGGUGAAGUGUGUUUAACUGAGCUGAAGCACAAAUACAGCGGCGUGAAGAGAGGGUUGCUGGAGAAGUCCAUGCUGGCACUGAAUAAAAGUUAUGAGUUGUUGGAUUUUCUGAAGAGCUUCGAGGCCGAGGAGGCUCUGAGGUAUGGAGGUGGGGCACGCGGUGCCCGGAACAGCUACAGAAAAGUGGAUGGACUGAUGGAGCUCCUGCAAGACCGACGCAGGGCAGUUGACCAGUGCAUGGUUCAACAAGUCCGUAAUCAGGAAGUGAAUAACAGUAUCACUGAGUGGGAGAGACAAGAACAGGAAGUAACACGUUGGUUUAAGGAAAAUGCCGACCCGUUCUUGGAAAGGAAUCAGCUGGGCUCAUCCCUGUCUGAAAGUGAGGAGUUACUGCAGGAGUAUAAAGAAUUUGAACUUAAAGCCAAGAAAUGGACCCUUUUGGUUGAGCAACUUCUCCAGCAAGCAUCUGAGCUUCUUCCCUUCAGUGAAAAGCUUGACUCCAUCUCAGAGAAAAGGCAGAAUCUUCUCAAGACAAAGGAUCAGUUAUGGGACCUGAUGAUGUGUCGACUGGGACAGCUGCAUGAGAGCAACAGCUUCUUCAGCAGCGCUAAUAAAGCUUUUGAAAUCCUGGGAAACAUUGAGAGCACCAUAAAGGCUUUGCGGACUCAAACUGUGCAGUUGACCGAGCUGGCUAAGAAGCACGAAGAGCUGCAUCGCAGUAUUAAAGAAGCGGCUGCUGAACCUCUUCAACGAGGACAGCUCAUACUUCAGAAGCUUAGUCCACAGAGUGCCCAAGUCGGAGGUGUACAGAAGAUGCUGGGAUACGUCAGGGAGCGGGUGGAUGGACUGAGCAAGCAGUGUCAAGCCUAUAAGGAGCUUACUGGGAAGAAACAGCAGUUGCUGACCUCCUUCGACACUCUGGAGGAAAAGAUCUCCAGCUGGAUUAAGAGCAGUAAUGGUGUCUUAUCUAGCUGUAUGGAGCCUGGUUCCUCACUCUCUGAGGCUGAGGAGGUGCUCAGCAAACACCUGGAGCAAUCCAAACAUACACAGAGUGUUGUGGCAGAGUCAGACGCCAUUGAGGGAAUGAUUGAGGAACUAAAGAAGCUGGAGUCCUCAGAGGCAGUGGAGCUCUUCAACCGGGCUUCUGUUCUGAGAGAGCAGCUGAACACACUGCAGAGGAACAUCUCCACACGCCUAGAGAGCCUCAGGAGCUACAUUAGCUUUUUAUCUACUGCCAAGGAGGUUGGAGAUCAGAUUAAGAUGUUGUCGGAUUUCUAUAAGAAAAGACCAGAGGCUGAGGAGGAAAAUGAGGAAAUUGGCACUGUCAUGAAGGAGGACAUGGAUGCGAGAUGGCAGUUGUUCUUACAAAAGUUCCUCUCCAUGCAGGACCAGGGCAACAACUUUAUCAACAUGUCUACUAUGUUACAGGCAAGCGAGACGCUGAGUCUGAAUAUCAAAGCAGCAGUUCAUGUUGUGGAAAAGACUACAGACAGUCUUAGCAGAAAGAAAGCUGAGCUCACUGACCUGUGGACAUCAUGGCAGCUCCAUUACAGUCAACUGAAGUCUUUGAAGAAGCAGUGGAAAAAUUUCAAAGAUCAAGUUAAAAAAGUUGUGAAUGAACUGAAGUCUUUGGAGGGAGUUCUUGCUCCAGCAUCCAAACAACACCUGGGAAGUGAUCUUCAGAGUGUGUCCAAGCUGCAAGAGAGAUUCAACUCCACCAAGCCACAGUUUCUGCAACUGAACGCAGAAGUGGAAUUCCUUGUAAAGACGUCGGAGUUGCUGUCACUGAAAGGAAUCCCUGUGAAAGAGAAAAAUGAGUGGGUCAGCGAGCUGCUCCUGGUGCACCAGCGUGUGAGGGAUAAAAUCCGUGAAUACGAGACUGUUCUCAGCAUGGCCGUCAAAUUCCAUCAAGUUUAUCAAGAGUUGGACAGUCUGUUAAAGGCCGAGCCGUUGAAGGGGUCUAGCGAUCCGACUCAGGCCAGGAUCCACCUCAGCCAGCAUCAGGAGCGACAGAACCAUGUCCGGCACCUUUACAAACUGGCCAUGUCGCUGACAGCUGAUAUUACCAGCACUGUCCAGCAACCGCUUCAGCAAACGUUGGUGUCUUCAGUUCAGGAGAAGAUGGAACGCCUGCGUCAGGGCAGUGUGAUCUGGGCCACUCAGGCCAGUCGGUGUGAGGAGAACCUGAUGAGCAACAUGCACUACUGCGUAUUUAAAGAGGAGAUCAGUGAGCUCAGAGAGUCCUUUAAAGACAUCAAGAAGAAAUUCAACAAUUUGAAAUUCAACUAUAUGAAGAAAAAUGAGAAGCUAAGAAACAUGAAAGCUGUAAAAAAUCAGCUCCAACAAAUUGAUAUAUACUUAGAAAAGCUGCAGAUUUUGAAGAUGAAACUGCAGGCCUUUACGUUAUCGAGCAGCAGUGAAAAGCAUCUAAUCGGCAGCAGUCCCAGAGAACUGGAGGAUUCCAUCAAUGAGCUGCAGAGACAGGUGGGAGAUUUUGACAGGACAGUCGAGGACUACAAGCAGAAUUUGGAACUCAGCAUGAAGCUACAGCAAGCCAUGGAAGAGUAUGAGUUUUGGUGUGAAGAGGCGAGCUCCACCAUCGUGAGAGUGGGCAAAUACUCCUCAAAGUGCAAAACAAAGGAAGCAAUUAGCUCUCUACGUAAGCAGUUUGAGAAAUUCGUCUGGCCCACAAUCCCACAGCAGGAGGAGAGAAUCAAGCAGAUCACCGAGCUGGCAGUGCAUCUGCAUGGUGCUGAGGAAGGGACGAGAUACAUGGAGAAAACUGUUAACAAGCACAAUGAAAUAGUGGAAUCAAUAAAAGAGAUGUCAAGUGGACUCGUAGACCUGGAAGCCAAAUUACAGGCCGAGUCUUUGAAAGCACAAUCUGCUGAAGAAAACAAGACAUAUGACACCAUAGAAACUCCAGAGGCAAAGGAGACUGGUCACACACCUGAGAUUAUGGGACCGGGUGGCACCAAAGACGACCAGGUCACAAAGAAAGCAGAAAGCAAAAAACAUGCAACCAAAUCACAAAGCCAAGACAUGCGUGAACAGCCAUGUCAAGUGUUCUUGGAGACACGCUGCUACACGCAGGAGGAUUAUUCAAAGAGCACCGUGCAGACCACCACCAGCAGGUCCACAGUGGAGAGGAAGGAGCAAACACACACCUCCUUCUCGCACACACACUCGUUCAGUGUGUCAAGUUCUCCUGUGGAGAAAGACAGGAAGAUUUGCACCCUCCAGCAGAGCAAGAGGCCAUCUCAGGACACUCCUCCACCUGCUCAGGGCGAGUGCCACACAGCAUCCAGCUGCUCAGAAUUUCAGAGGCCAGAGAAACAGACAGCAGGCCUCCGAGCUCACCAUGAAAAAUUCCAAGGUGUUGGUGGCUCACACACUGCUGCACACACACUACACACAGAGGCAAAGAGUGAAAUGCCGCUUCCAGGGGAGGAGGACCUUUUCUCCAGGGGUGCACCAGACUCUGAUUUCCAUCCUGAUCACCUGAGUGAAGACUCACUGUCUAAUGAUGAGUAUGAGUGCACCUCACCAGACGACAUCUCUCUCCCUCCUUUAUCUGAAACCCCUGAGUCCAACAUGGUCCAGUCCGAGAACGACCUAGAUGACAGCUACUGUGUGAGCUCACACAGCCUCCACACGAGCCACUACAGCCAGCAGUGUCACUCCAGACACGGAGAUCCACUGCAUUUCCGUCCUGAGGAAAACUUCCCGUCUCCUACAACAGGCCCGGCUAGCCGUUUCAGAGCCGAAUCUUCCUCAUUUGUCCAUAGCCCGCUUACUGUUCCCACCCCUACGCUGGUCUCUAGCACCAUCUCCAGCAUCUUAAAGAGCAGCAAGCCUAAAGGCCUUGCAGAGUGCCAGCAAACCAGUUACUCUAUGCAUGAGAGCCGGAUUGAGACGCAGGAGUGUGUGCAUGAACCUGCCUCGGCCCGACACUCUUCUGUUGCUCGGACUGGUAACAUGCAUGCUUCACUUAAACCAUUAACCUCCGAAAAGGAGCCAGAGCUGUGCAGACCCACAGCCAUCCGUGAGGAAAUAAAGCUCUCGAGCAGCGCCAAAGCCAUGGGGAACCUAGCAUCAGGGCACAGCCCUAACUUCUCCAAACACUUGUCAAAUGCCGUAGUAAUGGAGGGCUCUCCGGUGACCUUGGAAGUGGAAGUCACUGGAUUCCCUGAACCUGCUUUAACUUGGUUGAAGAACGGACAGGAACUGCACAGUGACGAACGCAUGUCACUGUCCCAUAAAGAAGGCAAGCAUGUGUUGUUCAUUGAGAGAGUUGCUGAAAGAGACUCGGGCCAGUAUUUGGUUCGCGCCUCAAACUCGGCUGGCACAGUUUCCUCCAGCUCCGUGCUGCAGGUCAAAGGUAAUGGCUGCCCUGACUUUGAUACCCUGAAACUGGACUGGCAAACCUGCUUCGGCACCCUGUGUGUUCUCCUGUGGCUCCUCUACCUGCUGGUGUUAUAACACAUACACAGACCACAAAAACAUCACUCCCGCUACCUUCUGCUUUUCACCUGCACUUGGUUUGUGAUUUCAGUUUUUUGCACAAAACUGACCUCUAGAGGAACAUAUUCAGGAGCAUGAAGGAUUUUUUUCUGUCACUUUAAAAGCACAUCACUUGCUCACAAUCACUGGUAAUGAAUCUGACACUAAAUUAUACAAUGAAUAUAUUAUUUGUUCAAUAUUCCUAAAUUAUAUUUGUUAAUAUUCUGUUAAUCAGUAUCACUAGAUUAGUCUUCCUAAGGGUAAGGUUUUUUUUUUAAGGGUAUAUAUUUAAUGUUUUAUUUUAGUAUAUAUAUUAAUUGUUUUGUUUCUCUCAGACUAUUUUAUUUAUAUAUGAUUAGCUUCUUGGACAAAAGGUUAAAAAAAAGUCAAUAAAUGUUCUUGUCUCUACUAUAGACAAUUCAAAUGAAGUAUUCUUUAACCUGGAUGGUAAACAUCUGACUAGUUAAUGUGAUGGUGUGCUGUUUAUGCAUAGAAAUAGCAUCAGAUUUAUUAUGUAUUUAUGAUUUAUUACAUCAAUUAAAAUAAAAUACAAAUACUAUUUUAUAUGCAAUUGUCUCUCUGACAAAGGAAGGUAAUGUGAUACUAAUACUUUAAUGUGAGCUCACCUCAAUUGUAUAUUCCUUAUUUACCUAAAAUAUGAAUGGUUGUGUUUGAAUAAUCUUUGUUAUUAAAAAAUGUAAAAAAAAAAAAAAAACUUUCAUCAGCUGUGGAAACAACAUGCUGUGUAUUGGUUCAAGAUAGGCUGGGUUGAAGAAUUUCAGAAAUAGUCUCUAGGGUUUAUAAAGAAUGAUGCAAAUUAAUGCAGUUCUGCAGGAAAUGCUUUGUUAAUGAGAAAUAUCAGUCAGGAAUGACCCACUUUUCAGCACCACUCUUCACAUCAGUGGUGAGCAGAAAAGCAUCUCUGAGUGACAAACAACAGCAGCAGCAGCAUGUCUAAGGCACCACAUCAGCUUCCAUUCUUGUCAGGCAAGAACAGAAAUCUGAAGCUACAUGGGCAUCUGAUCACUCAAACAGGACAAACACAAUACAACUAUUUUUUUAUUUCAAAACCACUGGUGUCCAGUUGUUUGCUUGUACAAUAAAUAUCACAGACAGCUGAAAAGAACAUCAGAUACGACCUGCUGUCAUAAAGACAACGGAACUGCCCAUGAAGCUUUGAAAUUAAGGUGUUGAUGGUGAAAUCUAUUAAAACAUCAGCAAAGAUUUGAAUCUUCUCAAGAGCAUUGUGAACUCCAUUAUAACAAAUAUGGCGCAACCCAGGUACUGCCAAGAUCAAGUCUAACCAAGUGUUCAGCAAAGAAGAUCAAUCACAAGAGAAGAGUCCAACUACAUCACUGAAGGGUUUACAGGCCUUACUGGCUGAAACAGAGGAACCUGUGCAGACCAAAAUAAUAUCAUCAGCACUUCCAAGAUAUCCAGAAAAGAAGCCACUACUGACAAGGGACAUCUGAGAGCUUUCUGAAAAAGUUUUUCUCAUUUGAUGAAUAAUAAUAGUCUAAAACCAAAUUUUCAUGUUAGACACAAACUGAAUAGAGCACAGUGUACACGUAACAUCAUUCCUGUGAUGAAGCACGGUGGUGGUAGCUUCAGCCUUUAGGGUUGCUUUUCAGCAGGAGAAAGAUGGAAAUCUUUUUGCCAUCACAGGCAACAUGGAUGGAGCUACAUAUUAGCAAAGUGUUGGGGAGACUCUGUUCUAGUCAACCAGAAAUCUGCAUUUGAGCAAAAAUAUAUGUUACAAUGGGACAGUGAGUCAAAACACGAGACAGAAACUACAAAGGAGUGCCAAGAGACUUGGAGAAAGGAAAGGGUUUGUUUUUGGGAAUGACAGAGUCAAACCUCAGCCUUACAAUAUACUGAAAUAUGUGAAAAAUUGUGGCAUUUCACUUCAAAAGGAGCAGAGAAAUCUUAAAAAAAAAAAAUUGUAUUUACAUUUACAGCUUACAUUACAUAGCUACAUAAAAUAUAUGCUUAAAAUAAUAAAAUGUAAGCAAUAAAACAUUUUUAUUAAGAAUCUAAAUGCUUUACUUUCUAAUAACAAUCACUAGUAAAAAAAUAUUUCACUGUUAGAUGAUGUUUUUGUAUAGAUUCUCAGUGACUCUCAGACUCUCAACUGGAGCUUAACCAUAGCAGCAAAAUAAAUAUAAGUGUGUAUAAUCCACAGCAUAACUGAGCCACAUGUUCUUCCUUUAAUUUGUUACCUGUCUGUAUAAUGUGAAGAAAUACAUGAUUUUUGGUAUGUGACAUUAAAGACUCAUUCAGAUAUUCAUUACA